AUGGAGGGACCCUCGGUGCUCGGGCCCUGCUCGUGGCAGCGGCGCCGCGCGUGGGCCCGGCACGGCCGGGGCUGCCGCAGCCCCGAGGGCGAGCGGGACCAGGCGGAGGAGGAGGAGGAGGAGGAAGAGGAGGAAGAGGAGCAGGAGGCAGCCGCUGUCCCCUGGGAGCCGCCAGAGCCGGACCGCGCUGUCCUGGAAGGACGUCCCUGCUGCAGGGUCCGGACGCGGCUGCAGGACUGCGGGGCUCUGCAGGACCGGCACCUGAGCCCUGGUGACAGCACGGCCUCCGGUGUCCCCUCCGGUGUCCCCUCCGGUGUCCCCAGCAGCUCCAGCGUGGCCGCGGUGCUGGCCUGGUGGCAGUCCCAGAGUGACGCCGAGGAGAUCCUGCUCGCCCUGGGCUUCGUGGGCAGCGAGCCGGGGGCGGCGGCGCGGGUCCCCCCCCGCUUCUUCUCGGGCCCGUCCCGCGCCAGCGGCAUCGACCUCGGGCUCUUCCUGCGGGCCCAGGCGCGGCGCCUGCAGCUGGAGGAUCCGGGCCUGCGGCUGGCCAGUCGCUUCCAGCAGGUCCAGGCCCUGGCCGCCACGGCCGACGCGUUCCUCUGCCUCUACUCGCACGUGUCGCGGACCGCCCUGCAGCGCAUCGCCCCCGCCCCGCCCUGUCGCGACAGCCCCGACAGCGCCGGGCGGCGCCUGAAGCGCGCGGUGUCCUCGCUGUGCCUCUACCCGGGGAGGGGACACGGCGGUGACACCCCCCGAGGGGCGACCCCCGGCCCGGGCGGGACCCCCGAGGGCUGCCGGGGACACGGUGACACGGACACGGUGUCCCCGAGGCCACCCCGAGCGGGGACAGCUUGGGGACACCCAGGCCGGGGGGUCUGGGGGCGCGGGGGGGACACAGGGGACCCUCGGGGCGGUGUCACCGCGUCCUGCAGGGUGGCGGGCACCGCCCAGAGACCCCCGGGGCUGCGACACCCGGGCCAGCCCGGCCUCGGCUCUCGGUGUCACCCGGGGGACACCGAGCGGCCGAGUCCUUCGAGCUGGAGGAGGUGA